AUGAAUAUCACUCACUUCUCAAAAAUUACUAUGGAAGUGGAAACAAUUAGUUCAGAAGAUGUGUUAUAUCUUAAAGAUCAUCUUCUGCUAUUGACCACUUUCCAAAGUUUUAUUAUUGACUUCAAAAACACGACAAUUGACUACGAAACUCUUAAUGGACUAAUUGGACCACCCCAUCGAAUCUUCAGAGAUGAUGAUCGUAUCUGGUUUUUCCAAAUGGAAAACAUGUCCCAGAAUUAUCCAAGAAUGGCGUCGAGUCCAAUAACGUCAAUGGGAAUAUUUUACAGUGAGCAAUCACUGAAAUGUGAAUUGUACUACAGUCGUCCCUAUGGAAAUUCGAGUUUUGAGAAUAAGGAAACAAGGAAAAGGAACGAUCAUUUGAAAAACUUCGUUGAAGACCUGGAAGAAAUAAUCAAUAAUCAAGCAGGUCUCGUGAAUUCUCUCAAAAUCAAGUACAGUGGACUUGAAGAAAACUAUACAAAAGAAAAGUUGGACCCAGUGAUUCACCAGAUAUUCAAGUGUCUGGAAUCGAGAAAAGAUCUUCUUCAAGUCAAAAGAUUAUCGAUCGAUGCAGUUGAUAUGAGUCAGGCAAUGACAGUCAUCAAGUUAUUGGAUCCAUCGGUUUUGAAGAAAGUCGAAUUUUGUUUUGAAAAUAGAGAUGAGGAUAUCAAUAUAGAGGAUGCUUUGGCUUUGGUAGACUGGAAUGAAGGACAACGGAUUAAAUUGGUUUUCAAGUUACACACCAUGCGCCCAGAAUAUUUGGAAUCGGUGAAAAGGUUUCUUCUACAUCGAUCAACUUUCACUGAGAUCUUCGUUUAUUAUAAGCACUGUGUCCAUGAUAUUCCGAGUUUGAGAACAAUUAUUGAUGUUCCAAUGCAACAUGAAUCUCCUGAUUCCAAAGAGAAGUUUAUCAAGUUCCGAUUGUCACAUUGUCUGUUGUUGUCUGCUGAUUUUGUGAAGUUAACAUUGAGCAACGACGUAUCUGCAAUGGUUCUAGAGAAUCCAGUGAUUAUGAAACGUGUCAUUCGAUGGUCCGAAAAUUGGAAUGUCCAGUGCCUCCGUAAAACGUCUCGUGGAAUCAGGGACUGCGUUGACUUCCUCAGACCCGUAACCCAUGUUGAUGAGUAUUCGGUUUAUUUCUUAUGUGAUAUUCAUCCAUCUGCAAAGAUUGGAGUUGAAUAUAACUUUACAAGAAGCUGGUUAUACGGAAAAAAUGCAACUUCUAAGGACAGAAAUGAAUUGUGUCAGAAGGCACAAGCUCGAGUUUUAAAUAACAUCGAGGUAAACUUGGGUCGCCAGAAUACAUGUUUAAAAAAAUUGAAAUUCAUAUUCUCGUAUAUUGACAGUCUUCGAAACGAGAAAAAUCGUAAGCCAAGCAAGGAAGAAUUCAAGCGUCUCAAUCAACUUACAAUUCAAUUUUUGGAGAAACUUAAAGACAUUUUAUCGAAAAGAAGUCACUUACUAAAAGUGGAAGUGUUGGAAGUGUUGUGUUGUACGGAUGAUAAUCUGAUGCAAAUCCUUCCGUACCUUGACCCAAAUUGCUUGAAAAAAAUUAAACUGAUUGAUCCGGGGUCGGAAUAUAGCAAAUUCGACUACGACAGGGUUAAAUACCCAGAGUCCAUGUUGAAACCGUUUGUAUUGGACGAGAUAUGUCAACUGGAACAGUGGAAGAAAGCGACGGAACUGGAGAUUCGAUCUCAUCCAAUAUCUACUUCUAUUCAAAAAAUGAAUAUCUCUAAUUUUUCAAAAUUAACAAUGGAAGUGGAUACAAUCAGUUCAGAAGAUGUGUUAUAUCUUAAAGAUCAUCUCCUACUAUCGACCACUUUCCAAAAAUUCACCAUUGACUUCAAAAACACGACAAUCGACUACGAAACUCUUUAUGGACUAAUUGGACCACCGCAUCGAAUCUUCACUGAGACUUCUCGUAUCUGGUUUUUCCAAAUGGAAUUGAAUCAAUAUUUAUUGAGAAACAUGUCCCAGAAAUAUCCAAAAAUGUCAUCAAGCCCAAUAACGUCAAUAGGAACAUUUUACAGCGAGCAAUCACUGAAAUGUGAAUUGUAUUUCAAUGAUCCAUAUGGAAGACAGAGCUUCGAAUAUAAGGAAACAAGGAAAAAGAACGACUUUUUGAAAAAUUUCGUUGAAGACCUGAAAGAAAUAAUCAAUAAUCAAAAAUCUCUCGUCGAUUCUCUCAAAAUCAAAUACAGUGGACUCGAAGAAAACUACACAAAGAAUAAGUUGGACCCAGUCAUUAACCAGAUAUUCAAGUGUCUGGAAUCGAGAAAAGAACUUCUUCAAGUCAAAAGACUAUCGAUCGAUGCAGUUGACAUGAGUCAGGCAAUGACAGUCGUCAAGUUAUUGGAUCCAUUGGUUUUGAAGAAAGUCGAAUUUUGUUUUGAAAAUAGAGAUGAAGAAAUCGAUAUGGAGGAUGCUCUGGCUUUAGUGGAAUGGAAUGAAGGACAACGGAUGAAAUUGGUUUUCAAGUUGCACACGAUGCGUCCAGAAUAUUUGGAAUCUGUGAAAAAGUUUCUUCUACAUCGACCAACUUUCACUGAGAUCUUCGUUUAUUAUAAACACUGUGUCCAUGAUAAUGUGAGUUUGAGAACAAUUAUUGAUGUUCCAUUGCAACAUGAAUCUCCUGAUUCGAAGGAGAAGUUUUUCCAGUUCCGACUGUCACAUAGUCUGUUGUUGUCUGCUGGUUUAGUGAAAUUAACUCUGAGCAACGAUGUAUCUGCAAAGGUUCUCGGAAAUCCAUUGAUUAUGAAACGUGUCAUUCAAUCGUUCGGAUUUUGGAAUGUCCAACGACUCCGUAAAACGUCUCGUGGAAUCAGGGACUGCGUUGACUUUCUCAAACCCGUAACCCACAUUGAUGAGUAUAUGGUUUUUUUCUUAAGUGAUAUUCAUCCAAGUGCAUAUAUUGAAACUGGAUGUUACAGUUCAAGAAGCUGGUUAUACGGGAAACAUGAAACUUCUAAGAACAGAAAUGUAUUGUGCCAGAAGGCACAUGCUCAAGUUUUGCAUGACUUCGAGGUCAACUUGGGUCGUCAGAAUACGUGUUUAGAAAAAUUGAAAUUCAUAUUCUCUUAUAUUGACACUCUUCGGAAGGAGGAAAAUCGCAAGCCAAGCAAGAAAGAAUUCAAGCGUCUCAAUCAACUAACUACUCAAUUUUUGGGGAAACUUAGAGAAGUUCUAUCAACAAGAAGUCAGUUACUAAAAGUGAAAGUGUUGGAAUUGUUAUGUUGUACGGACGACAAUUUGAUGCAAAUCCUUCCGUACCUUGACCCAAAUUGCUUGAAAAAAAUUGAACUGAACGAUCCGCGAUCAGAAUAUGGAAGACUCGGUGACAGGGUUAAAUACCCAGAGUCCAUGUUGAAACCGUUUGUAUUGGACGAGAUAUGUCAGCUGGAACAGUGGAAGAGCGCGACGAAACUAGAGAUUCGAUCACAGCCGAUAUCCACUUCAAUUCAAAAAAUGAAUAUCACUCAUUUUUCAAAAGUUUGGAUAGAUGUGGAGACAAUUAGUUCAGAAGAUGUGUUAUAUUUGAAAGAUCAUCUUCUUCUCUCCACCGUAUUCCGCAGAUUCAUAAUUCAUUUCAAAAACACGACGAUUGACUACGAAACUCUUGUUGGAAUAAUGGGGCCACCGCAUCGAAUCUUCAGCGAUGAUGAUCGUAUCUGGUUUUUCCAAAUGGAAGUGAAUCAUCAAUUUUUAGAAGUUAGAUUGGAUAAAAGGUGUCUUGACUUUGAUCUUUCUUCUUACAUAAGACAAUAUAGAUAG